UCAAUUAUACCAAAAGAUCGGAAUUACCUUAUGAAAAAUCCUGAAAUCACGAUAAGACGAUUGUUGCAGGGGAAAAACCUUCUCCGCCUUCUGUGUGACAUUACAGUAUUCACUUGGCUGAGAAAUUCGGAUGUAGACUUGUUGAUAUGUUUACCUUUAUGGAGCUUGGCACUAUAGCACGACAUAUGGGUGCUAGAUAACAAUCCAAUCAGCCGGCCCCAAUGGGAUGGGUGGUGGAUAUAUAUAAAGUUCGGCCCUUGCCUAAACACUUACCUUUUGAUUUCAUUCCUCUUCUGCCACUUUUCUCUCAAUUCAACCAGGACAUUCUCUCAUCAUGCUGUUCACGAUGAGGAGUUCCUUGUCGUUGCUGGGACUCUUGUCCACAGGGCUAGUCCAUGCUGCCUACACCAAUUCUACACCGAUAUUCACUCCUCAAGCGAUGUUGAGUUCUCCUCGUCGAGGAUCAGCAAUUCCAAAUGGGGACGGAACGCUUGCACUCUAUACCGUGGCUACCUAUUCAUUUGAGAAGCAUCACAAUGCUCAUGAGCUUCGUGUGAUGAAUCUGGCGAACGGUACAUCAUGGCUUUUCAGCAAUUCGAGCUCAAUCAGCAAUGCUAAGGUAAGCUUGAUCUGUUCACCCAGUCUUUUUUAACUACCUCGUCCUCUUGGCUGGUUUCAGACCUUACUUUUAUGUUUCAUGAUAUACACUCCUGUCGCUUGCCAAAUACAUCUUUAACUUCUCAUUUCCUCAUUGAGCCCCAAUACCGUUUCUUGAUAGGCAAUACUGACUCCUCGAUCUUCAGUGGCUGGGUGAUGGAAGCAAGAUUAUCUGGUUUGUAUCGGAAGAUGAUGGAUCUACUAGCUUUGUCGUUGGAGAUGCGGCAGCACCAGGUGCCAAGUGAGUAUCCUAUUUCCUCUCGUCAUGUGGUCUUCUGCUGUCACCAUAUCAUGGAAGCCCCAAUACAAUUUUCUGCUCAAAUUUUGGACUAAAUCUGACGUCGUUACAGGCCUACCCCGGCGGGUUCGGUUCCUGGAUCAGUGGACAACCUUAAACUCGUCAGCAUCGGCAAUGGUACUCUUGGAGUUGCAUUCAGCGGCCAAGCUUCACCUAAUGGUACUCUUUACAAUGCCGAGCUCGCUUCAACACCUUAUUCCACCGGAAGAGCUUAUACCUCAAUUUUUAUAAGACAUUGGGACACAUGUAAGAGCUCAACACUCAUGUCACUGUCUAAGGCUAAUAUAAAUUAGACAUUACGCGUGAGAGAAACAGCCUUUGGUACGCCGCUUUAUCAAAGUCUGAAAGCGGUUACACACUCAGUGAACCAAUUAAUGCUUUGAAUGGUUCUGGUCUUGAAUCACCAGUUCCGCCAUUUGGUGCAACAAACAGGUGAGUGACUGACGUCAUAUUCCUGUUCGGGAAAUUCCUAACAAGUGAAUAGCUUCGAUAUUGGUACCAAGGGCUUAUCUUUUAUUGCCAAGGAUAUCACUUUGAAUCAAGCUACCACAACCAAGUCGGAUGUUUACUACAUACCGUUGAAAACAUUUACCGAAACCUGUCCAGAACUCAAAGUAGUUUCUACUCCUGAUCUCGAAGGUGCUUCUGACAAUGUAGUCUUCUCGCCCUCUGGAUCAUCACUCGCCUUUGUCCGUAUGAAGCAUAUCAGCUACGAAAGUGACAAGAACCGUAUUUUACAGGUAGCAGAUGUCACUUCCGAUUUGACGGCCGUAGAAUUCUACGCUUCGGAGGAUGGAAAGGGGUCCUGGGAUCGUAGCCCAAGUACACUUAGUUAUAGUCAAGAUGGCGAGUCUCUCUAUGCAGUAGCUGAAGACUUUGCCAGGGUUCGAUUAUUCACUUUGUCUUCUGACCCUGCAAACACAACUCUUCCAUCCAUUAUCUUCAAGGACGGUGGUGUAACAGACCUCUACCAACAAGGAAAGGAUAAAAUACUUGUUAGCAGCUCAAGCUUCCUCGAUAACUCCGUCUUCUCAUCCGUUGAUCCUAUUGUUUCCGCUGCUACCAACGCAUCGUCUGGUGUUACCACCAUCUCUGCCAACCUCGAUAGUCUCAAGGCGUAUGGACUUUCCCGCGACUUCAUCUCCGAUAUUUACUACCAGGGCGAUGGUGAUUACUUAGUUCAUGCCUGGGUCAUCAAACCUAGUACAUUCGUCGAAGGUCAAACAUAUCCUUUAGCAUUUUACAUUCAUGGUGGUCCGCAAGGAGCUACAGAGGAUCUUUGGAGUAACCGUUGGAAUAUGGCCGUCUUCGCUGAACAGGGCUAUAUCGUCGUCGCUUUCAACCCAACCGGAAGCACAGGUUUCGGUCAAGAACUCACCGAUGGGAUUCAAAACCAAUGGGGCGGCAGACCGUACAACGAUCUUGUCAAAGGCUGGGAGUACAUCGAAGAGAAUCUUUCAUACGUUGACACGGAUCGUGCUAUCGCCUUGGGUGCUAGUUAUGGUGGAUACAUGGUAAACUGGAUUCAAGGCCAACCUUUUGGACGGAAAUUCAAGGCUUUAUUCACACAUGACGGAUGUUUCUCCACUCUUUCCCAAUACUCCUCGGAAGAACUGUGGUUCAUGCAACAUGAUUUCAACGGAACUCUUUGGGAAAACUUUGACAAUUACGCGCGUUGGAAUCCGGCAAAUCAUACGGAUGCGUGGUCGACACCUCAUCUCAUUAACCACAAUGAGUUAGAUUAUCGUCUUCCAAUUUCAGAAGGCAUCGCUGCGUUUAAUGUCCUUCAGGCAAAGGGUAUUAAGAGUAAAUUCUUGAGCUUCCCGGAUGAGAAUCAUUGGGUUCUGAAUCAGGAGAAUAGUUUGGUGUGGCAUAAGACGGUUUUCGAUUGGUUGAAUGAACACGUUGGCUUGCCUGAGUAUUCUAGCCCUGAUGAUGCGGAUUAUAGGGCGCUCUUGCAGAGUGGACCUUGGAUCUGAGGAAUGGAAAAGGAUAAUGUGAAAAGUUUAUUAAUAGGAUAGUUUUGAUAUGUAAUUUGGA